UUCUCUCUCAGAUUUUGGCGGGGUUUUUAGUGGAAAAAAGAAACAAAAAGAGGGGACAGUGGAAAUAAACACCACCACUUAUAUAAGCUUCAGAAUGCAUGCCUUCCUGAAGACAGGAACCAUUGGUCCGGGCAACAAGGAGAAAACAGAUCAGCCGGCAGGCACAUCGAAAGACUCCAAAAAGAAGACCAAACAUGUACCAUGGGUGGAAAAAUAUCGACCAAGGACGAUGGAUGAUGUGGCUUACCAGGAUGAAGUUGUGGCUGUUCUGAAGAAGUCUUUGCAGGGAUCAGAUCUUCCCAACUUGCUGUUCUAUGGUCCCCCUGGUACGGGGAAAACUUCUACCAUCCUGGCAGCAUCCAGGGAUCUGUUUGGAGAUAUAUACAAGACAAGGGUGCUGGAGCUCAACGCCUCUGACGAGCGAGGAAUCAGUGUGGUACGAGAGAAGGUGAAAAACUUCUCCCAACAAUCCGCCAGCGCUGUCAGACCAGAUGGUAAACCCUGUCCACCGUUCAAGAUAAUCAUCCUUGAUGAGGCUGACUCCAUGACAAAUGCAGCACAGUCAGCCUUAAGAAGAACCAUGGAAAAACAAUCCAAGUCCACACGCUUCUGUCUGAUCUGCAACUACGUCAGUCGUAUAAUAGAACCCAUUGCUUCUCGGUGUGCUAAGUUUCGCUUCAAGCCACUCGCUGAGGAAAUCUUGACGAAAAGACUGCGGCAUAUCUGUGAGGAGGAAAAAAUAGCUUGUGAAGAUGAGGCACUGACAGCGCUGCUGAACACAUCGGAAGGUGACUUGCGGAAAGCCAUCACAUUUCUACAGAGUGCUGGGAGGCUGAAGUCAGAGGCUACAAUCACACAGGCAGACAUAUAUGAGAUCGCUGGGGUUAUACCAGAUGACGUUAUAGACGGUCUCAUCACUGUUUGUCAUUCCAACUCUUACGAGAAACUUCAGUCCUGUGUACAGGACCUGAUGAAUGAAGGCCACGCUGCGUCCCAGUUGAUACUCCAGCUGCAUGAUAAACUGGUGGAGAUGGACUCGCUAGGGGACAAACAGAAGUCUCUUGUCCUCGACAAACUCGCAGUUGUUGACAAAUGUUUGAUGGAUGGAGCAGAUGAGUUCCUCCAGCUGAUGGCCCUGUGUUCAGUGCUUAUGAAGCAGAUUUGUCAGCCUGAUCAGUGAGCGACAGUCAACAGUUUCUACCUCUGUGACAGUCAACAAUUGUAGAAUACUUAUGCAAGAAAAACAGACUAAAAGUCAUAAUAGUGAUAAAAGUGUGGCUUAAGGUGCAGUCAACAGUUAGGGCAUCAUGGAAGUCAACAGUUUCGUGUACUCACACUUAAAAGAUGUAAAGUUUUUGAUGAUAUUACAUUAAAAACUUCAUUACUUUAUUAAGGAUUGUUGCCUAGAGAUGCCUACAAUCAAAGAAAAGGUUUAAAAUAAGCCAAUGAACAGUGGCAGUCAACAGUUGCUCUCUGAAAUAUGUGACUGCAGAGUUACGAAAUAGUGGCUUGUUAAAUAAGAUGCAUUUGAAGAUACUUUUUUAUUUAAGCGUACCGGUAACCAAUAUGUGCUUCGCAAAACUUGUGCCCUUUAUGGACAAACAACUGGAAUCCGAGUGAUAGGUAAUUGCUACUGUAACCACUACUGGAGUUUUUGAAAUAUUACACAGCAAGCAUGAGAUUACAUCUUUUGUAUCGUUGCAAUGAGGAGGGUUGGGUGUUGUUACUGUUUUGUGCACUACUGCGUGCGCAUUUUUAGUGCUAUUCAUUUAUGAUGUCAUGUCAACAGUAAUCACACUAGUUGUUUAUAAAAUAAAAUUUUACUGUCUUAUAAUAGCCAUGUCAUUUAUGAUAUAAAUCUUAAUAUAGAUACUAAUCUGCUUUGUCCAGUUAUGAUGAAACACUGUCUGCUUUAGAAAGCCAACACCACCAUUAACUGACUUGGUGGUGGUGUUAGUAGUUUAUACUCCGGGUCCCGGCGUGAGCACAUUGAAGGGUCCCAGAGUGACAGUUCAACCACCGCACACCUAUCCUGGGCGGUGAACCAGUACUAGGUGCCUUCACUUCUGCAAGGAACUGACAACUUCUGUACAUGCCAGGGGCAGUGGUACAGUGCGAAUGGUCGUAGAAAGAAUUUCAUAACCAAUCACAACAGAAGUAACCUGGUCCGCCCGGGAAUCGAACCCGGGUUGUCCGAUUAACAGUCCAACGCUCUACCGACUGAGCUAACCGGGCGGACCAUUAACUGACUUGAAGCUGUAAUUGGUACAAAUUAUGCAUAAUGAGUGUACAAAUUAUGCAUUAUCAGUGCAAACAAGUCUGAUCUGGAAUUAUUACUGAUUGUUGUUGUUGAAACAGUGAACUUUUUUGCUGUUCGUUUGGAAUGUAAGGAAUGUUCUCUGGUAAAAAUUAUCAUUAUGUCACAUUCAGGGUUCUCAAUAAGUUUUGGUUGAACUGUCUCAAAUAGUAAAGUAAACAAUCAGCUUCUACUUAUUCUACUGAAAAUUCAUUUAGUUUUCCAAAUUUGAACCAGCCCUAUUGCCAUUUGAACCGUCCAUUUUGGCCGGCAGCUUAUUGAGAACACUGCACAUUAACAUGUUUUAUUAUAUGAAUUAUUUUUGCUUUGUUUAAUGAAGUUAACCAUGAUAAAUGUCUUGAUAUGCCUCAAUUACUUGUUUGAUUGACAGUUUUCCUUGCAUUAGAUAUUAGUGAGGUAAAAUUCUGGAACACUUGAUUUCACAAAAGCAAUAUAAAUUAUAUAUAUAUUAUUUAAAUCAAAUGUCUUUAAACAAAGGAGUUCAGUUUGUUAACGUAAGUUAUUGUGUAUGUUAAGCUCAUCUGACCAAGUGCUCAAGUGACAGCUAUGUUUGUUGCCAACAUUUUCCUUAAAAAAAAUUCUCCUUAACCACUUGGCUAAUUGCUACCAAACUUCACCGGAGUGUUCCUUGGUUGGUCCUCUUCCCGAUUCCUCGAAAUGAAUUGGUUUCAUAUAGAACGCUUGUUGUCAUGGCAACCAAAAGGAAAAAGUUUGAAAAUCUCCAGAAACAGCUGGCCAGAUCUCAAAAUAAUUUCAUAAAAACAUCCUAAGGUGGUCUUUAAUUGGAUAACUUCAAGCUAUGUUAAAACCUGGUUCACAAAAGACUUGCCAACGGGGCAGGGCUUAUUUCACUGUAUGUCUAUAUGAAAACUUUGAAAAUCUCCUCCUCUGAAACCGUUGGUCAGAUUUCAAAAUAAUUUUAAAGAAAUGUUCCUAAGGUGGCCCUUUAUCAAAUUUAAGCCAUGUUGGUUUGUCUAAAACUGUCCAACCUAUGACUUUCUUAGCCACCCACCAAUGACUUAUUUAUUUACAAAUGACUACCUAGCAACUACUUACAUCCAUAGCAACCAAUGACUUCCUUACCCAUCAAGGACUUCCUUACUUAGUAAAAAAUGGCUUUCUUAGCAACCAUUGAUUACCUUUAUAAUAAACUAUAUCCACAGCAACAAAUAAAUCUUUUUUUCAACCAAUGACUUCCUUGGCAACCAUUCACUACUUUAGCAACAUUUUACUUCCUUGGCAACCUUUAAGGUUUAAGCCACCAAUGACUUCCUUUCUUAGCAACUGCAUACAUCUAAUUCAAACAAUGACGUCAUUAACAACAAUUGACUUCCAUAGCAACAGUCUGCUUCAAUCACAUCCGUUGUCCCUGGGAACAAAUUGCUGACAAUGUCUUGACUUCCAUAGAAAAACUGUUGAUUUCCCUUUACAAGGACCAACCUCCUUAUCAACCAUCAAGUUACUUGGCAACCACUUACUACCUAGGCAAGCAGCAACAUCCUUAAUUAAUGACUGACAUGUUGGUCAUUUUAAUCAGGUCGGUGAUUAAGGGCUAUCUUGGCCCUCUAGUUCUUUCAGCUAUCAUUACAAACAUAUGCAUAAAGGUUAGUGUAGCUCGAUUGUGUCAUAAGCUAAAAGCCUUUAGAAUCACUCUUCUGGGCUGGAAACCAGUACUGGCCCCAAUAUUACAAAAAUAUUCCAGUCAAAUUGCAACCCUAACUCAUUUUACAACAUGAAAACAUAAUAUGAUUACAAAUCUUGCAUGUUUUUAUACUUUUUGAAAGAUGUUAUAUGUCAUGAAAUGUGUUGAUAAAAAUAAUGUGUUGAUAAAAAAAAUUGUCAUUAUUUCAAAGAAACUUAAGUCAGGCCCUAAUUUCUCGAAACUUCUUAAGCUUAACAGGCUUAAGUAGCUUAUUUCAAUUAACCAAAAUACUUACUUAAAAAGAAUUUAGAUAAAUGAAAAAAUACUUAUUCUGAUUAUCAUGAUGAUAAUUCCUAUCUUAAGUAUAAACACUCAGUAGUUAAUAUUACGAAAUUUAUUGAAAACCAAAAAUAGUAAGCUUAGCUUAAUCCUGUUAUAUUAAAGGGACUUAACAAGUUUCGAGAAAUCGGGGCCUGGGCAAAAAUAGACUUGAGUAAUUGUUAAAAAAACAAGAAAUUUACUCAAAUACAUUUCUGGCAGUAGAAUAUUAUUCCCUUGAAAUCUUCACCAAAGGCAUAAAUCAACAUAUUUAUAUAUUAUUACAUAAUAGGAUGCCCCUCAAAGGUAUAAAAUCGUAUGAGUUGAGACUGAGAUGGAGUUUUGGCUAUAGUUUUUUCGUGAUAUUGGAGCCAGGUGUCAAUUUUGAGGGGCCAUGAGAAAGUAGCCCUUGUGGGCUGGAGAGACAACCUCUUGGGUGAGAGGCGGACACCUUAACCACUAGACCAUACUCAUCCCUCAGUCUACUUCAUUCUUGAAGACCAGGGACCAAACAGUUUAUUCACCAAAUGUAAGG